ACCACAAUCUACACUUCUCUGUUUCAAUCAUUGUUCUUUUUUCUUUCUUUUUUUCUGUUACCCUUUAUUGUUAAGAAUGUGGGUAUUUUGUUUGAGUUGGGGAAAAUUGUGAGAGAAAGUGCAUCAUGAAUUCCAGGGAGUGGGUGAAGUUGAAGGUGUGUGUGAGGGAGUUCAUGAUUGGGGUGGCGGAGAUAACGGUGGCGUUGGGGAAAGGGUGCAGGGACAUAGUGAAGCAGAGCUUGGUGAACGAAGAUUCCUAUUUUGUUAGGAAAUUGGGAAGGGAUUCUUACGUUGUGAAGAGAUUAAGAGGACCCUGUGCUAAGUUGUUGAAGAAAUUGAGUUUCUUCAACGAGUACUUGCCCGAGGAUAAGGACCCUCUUCACGCUUGGUCCAUCAUCUUCUUCGUUUCCUUACUUGCCUUCUUAGCUUUAUUUGUAAAUUUUGAGCAUGAUCUGUCGUCUACUCUGCCGGUGAAGCAAGUGUUUGUACAUCCCCCUAGUGCUAAACGCAUAGUGCUUCCCGAUGGAAGAUAUAUGGCAUAUAAGGAGCAAGGUGUUUCAGCUGACAAAGCUAGAUUUUCAGUGAUUGCUCCUCAUGCUUUUCUUUCCUCUAGGCUUGCAGGAAUUCCUGGAGUUAAAGCUUCACUGCUGGAAGAUUUCGGGAUUCACUUGCUGACAUAUGAUCUUCCUGGUUUUGGGGAGAGUGAUCCUCAUCCCAAACGGAACCUAGAAUCCUCUGCGGCAGAUAUGUCAUUUUUAGCAGAUGCUCUUGGUGUGAACAAGUUUUGGGUUGUUGGUUACUCAAGUGGAAGCAUGCAUGCUUGGGCUGCACUUAGAUACAUUCCUGAUAGAGUUGCAGGUGCAGCCAUGUUUGCUCCCAUGGUGAACCCAUAUGAUCCUAUCAUGACAAGGGAAGAGAGACGAAGAACUUGGAACAAAUGGACACGAAAAAGAAAAUUUAUGUACUUCUUAGCUCGCAGGUUUCCUAGAUUUCUUGCUUUCUUCUAUCAGCAAAGCUUCUUGUCAGGAAAGCAUGGUCAGAUUGAUAGGUGGCUGUCUUUAUCUCUGGGAAAGAGGGAUAAAGCGCUGAUGGAAGAUCCAAUCUAUGAGGAAUUCUGGCAAAGGGAUGUGGAAGAAUCAAUCAGGCAAGGAAAUACAAAAUCCUUUGUGGAGGAAGCUGCUUUGCAGGUCUCAAAUUGGGGUUUCAGCCUUUCAGACCUCAAGUUGCAGAAGAGAAGACCGAGUAGUAAUGUGCUCAGUUGGCUUAAGUCAAUGUUCACUGAAACUGAGGAUUAUAUGGGCUUUCUUGGCCCAAUACAUAUAUGGCAUGGAAUGGAUGAUAAAGUGGUUCCCCCAUCAAUGACUGAUUUUGUACACCGCGUAUUACCUGGAGCUGCAGUACAUAAACUCCCAUAUGAAGGACAUUUCACCUAUAUUUGCUUUUGUGAUGAAUGCCACAGACAGAUAUUUACUACACUUUUCGGAACUCCACAAGGCCCACUCAGCAUUACUUUAGAAGUAUAUCAAACUACCCUAGAAGCCAAUGUUGAACAGCAAGAAGUAGUAGACAAUGGUGAUUAUGCCACAAACUAGAAGUACACAUAACAGGAUUAAUUUGUCUUUUCUUUUCCAUUUUUUCUGUCGGAACAUCACAAUUUUAUGAUGUAUAUACCAUAUAGUUUUGCUUCAUCUCCAAUGGAGCAGUAUAGGAAAGAAAAUAAAAUCAGGUUUCUUCCUCUUCGUUUGGGCUGUUGACCUGAUCAAAAUAUAGUUGGAGUCCUGCAUUAAGGAAUAGCUCCCACGACCCCAUUCCGUUCCCCUUCAUAACUGAAAUACAAAACUUGAUUCUGGCAGUGGUCAGAUAUGACACAACAAUU